AUGGCAAACUUUGCACAAAGGAACUCCGGAGAGGCGCUGGCUGGAGACUGCGCUGAGACGCGGAAGGAACACAAGGCUCAGAAGGGGAGGAGGAGCCCCGAGGGCGGCUGCGCCUCUGCAAGGUGCCCCAGCGGCUUCCAAGCUGGGAAAGGCCUGGGGAGCACCUGGUCCGAGCCGCUGCCCCCCGCCACCCUGCAGGUACGCUUGGAAAAGGUAAAAUGAAAAGCGUUGGGAACUUCCCCGCCCUUCCCAAACUGCUUCCUCAUCCUUUACUGGAAUAGCUAGGACUUCCUAGGGGGAUUUCUUUUUCAGAAGCCCCAAAAAGAAAGUGUACAGGUGUCUAAACGUCAGCACCCAGGGAAGGUAGUUCGAAGGCUAAGUGGAACAUGAGACGGUGGUUUUUCAUGCAAGACGCCGGAUCAUUCUCGCGGUACGCUGAAGUCAGGGCUUUCGUCGCAGCGUCUCAGAGUUCGUUUUACAGACGGUCGCGUCAGGGUAUGAACUUCAGAAAGUUGCCCCUUGGGAUUCCCCAGAGAAACUCGGGAAAAGCCAUCGUUUCCCGUCUUUGGGAAAUGCUACUACUAUUGACAAGGGUCAUAAUAAGGGCAGCGCCGAUUCGGGGUAUGCAAGCGGGUACCCCGCACAGGGCACGAGCCGAGGAGGUGCGUGCGUGCGUGCCCCGAGAUCUACCUGCGGGGGAGGCAUCCUCAUGGUCGGAGCUGCUGCAGCUGCGGGCGCCUUUGCUUCCUCCUCCCCUCCCCUCUCCCGGUCCCUGCUGCAGAUAGGAGAUUCGCUUUCCCGGACGAGGCGCAGGUGGCACUUGGGGGAGGGAAGCUGCAGCCAGGUCACAAUCCUGCGGGCGCUUCCAGAAUCGAGGGUCAGCGGUGGAGACGAGCUAGCUCAUGCACCCUGAGUGCGCAGUGGUGUGUGGGGUGUGCGUGUGUGUGUGUGUGGAUUUUGUCCUCGCUCAUGGUGCCAUAUUACCCAAGUUCGCCUCUGACGAGGGUUGCCAAGCAUUUUGAACACAAGGAUAACUACUAAUAAUAUAAAUGCUACAUAUCAAUUCAUCCACGUGUAAUUCCUACUUCAGAAGUACAGUAGAUUCAGUUUAAAGCAUGGCUUUCUCCUGCAGUCACAACAUUCCUAGGUAGAAUUGAACACCUUGAGGGAAUCAAAAGCAUUAUGUUGUAUGUUCAUUACAUGGGUGAACAUUGCAAACUGCUCUGCCUGAAUGUUGUUGAAUCCACACCUAAGACAUUCAAGCUCAGUUUGUGUGUUGGGGUCAUGCCCAGAGCAUAUGAAAUAAGAACAAAGGAUGGUGCCCUUGAGUAGGUGCAGAGAGCAUUUCUUUCACCACUGAAUCAUAAUAGCUUGUGUUUGGACUGUUGGUGUGCCACUAUGCAUUAGCACAGUGCAGCAAGAGAGAGCCAAGAGGUCUGAAUUUAGGCCGUUUACACAUAAGUAGCCAUAGGCAAACCAAUAUACUUGAGCUUAAAAGGUAAAGGGACCCCUGACCAUUAGGUCCAGUUGUGGCUGACUGGGGUUGCGGCGCUCAUCUCGCUUUAUUGGCUGAGGGAGCCGGCGUACAGCUUCUGGGUCAUGUGGCCAGCAUGACUAAGCCGCUUCUGGUGAACCAGAGCAGCGCACGGAAGCGCCGUUUACCUUCCCACUGAAGCGGUACCUAUUUAUCUACUUGCACUUUGAUGUGCUUUUAAACUGCUAGGUUGGCAGGAGCAGGGACCGAGCAAUGGGAGCUCACCCCGUUGCGGGGAUUUGAACCACCGACCUUCUGAUCGGCAAGCCCUAGGCUCAGUGGUUUAACCACAUAUUACAGCUUAGUUAGCUGUAAUAUGGAAACAAUUAAAGCAGGCAAUCUGGUUCUGUCUCUUGGGUGUUAUGUUGGAGGAGUAAGACAAGGAGGAAUCUAUAAGGGCUGCUUUUCUUAGCUACCAUAAAGUUAUGUCUGUGUGAGUUAUUACUGAUAAGGAGGAGCUGCUUUAAAAGAACAGCAGCCUACUUUACAGGGCUGUAGCAAGGAUAGCUAAAAUAAGAAGGGCUGUCCAAACAGAGAGCAUUUGCAUGGAGACUUGAGUUCCAGAAUCUCUCUGAUGCCCCCCAACAGAAAAAUAACCCUGAAAGUUGCUACGUUGGCUGAGGAAAGAAGUCACAGAUCAAUAAUCCCUGCUUAUCCAAACUGCGGUGGAAAGGGAACAAAGGAGAGACAACUGUGUUUGCAUUUUGGAGCUUAUUUAACACUUUUGACAAUCGGAAAAGAAGUGUCAGAAGCCUAUUUAAAAAAAUAUUUUAAAAUCAGACCAGAAUUUGCCAAAGUGUUUGCCCGAGUGUGCUGGUGCUGCCAGGUCAUUUCCUUCUGCUGAAAUUAGGUCUGAAAUCAAUAGAAUAGGUGGGAGGGUGUGUGGGGGGGGGGUGUAGAUGUGCCCAGGGCCCAAAACGUUGGGCAACCCCUUGAAAAAGAUGUUUGUUUCACAUUGUAUGCCUGUGUACCUCUCAAAAUGUAUCUCAACAACACCAAGCAAAAGGAAACGUCAAUUCAUCUCUGGAGGAAAAGAAGUGGGUGUUGUUCUUUUUGGCUCUGGAAUAUUUAACCUGUGUAUGUCUCUGACAAACAGGUUUUAGAUUCCCCAGAGUUCCCUGAGAGGAGGAAUUGAUUAUUGAACCACUCUGGAAUUGUAGCUCUAUGAGGGGGAAUAGAGGCUCUCCUACGCACUCCCACAGCCCUUAAUGAAUAUACACUUUCCAUCAUUCUUCGGGGGAAAUCCAUGGGUGUUAAAAGUGGUAUGAUAAUGCUUUCAGUGUAUAGUGCAGAUUGAGCCAAUGACGGUGUCUCACCAGUAUGACAAUAUUUCACGGUGUUUGACUUACAGAAACUGUCAAAUUUCAAAUUAUAUAUGAUGAAUAAGCACACAUCCCACCAGGCAGGGAAUGGCGUAAUAAAAUCUGAGCCAUCCUAACUCAUGAUGUUUAGAGAAUUAUGUCUCUAAACACCCUGAUCAUUUAUUGGAGAAAUACUUCUCAUUGUUAGCAUGCUUGGACUCUUUCUUCAAAGUGGUCUCCAGAACCACCAGAGUCUAUUUUAUGCUCCAUUGAAAAGACACAGUGUAUAUCUAACAGCAAACACUCAUCUAUACAAUGCACAAUAUAUGAGAUGUUUUCACUACCAAGUAUUGAAUGCUCUGCAAAUGCACACCCACCCAUGAACAUAUUAUAAAGUAAAAAGCAAAAUGGAACGAAAAGUUCAAAAAUGUGAAGUAGAGAAAGCUUUACUUUGACAAAGGCUGCAUUCCUAUGCGCACUUAUUCAGAGGGUCUUCUGAAUAAGGUCAUUCAGUGAGACUUACUUCUGAAAAGACAUGCACUGGAUUUCACUGUUAAUUAGAUCUGGCUGUGAUAAAUUUUGCACUUUGUCUUGCACUUAGCACAGUCUAAUCUAAUUAAGUCCUAAUCUUAAUUAAGUACACCCAGUGCCUCCUGCACUCUAUCUUAAUACAAACUGUGGGCUUGCAGCACAACUCCCCUCUAUCCCCUGUUUGUCUUACAGACCAGCCUAAAGAGGAGUUCUGGAGUCUGGACUACAUGCAAUUUUGCUCACUAAUCUGUCACACUUUAGUUGGUUCUAAUGAAUGAAGAACUUCCUGUGCUGCUGGGUUGUUUUUCUUCAAAUGACCCAAUCUUGCCGCCAACCAUUGUUGUGAGUUUCAAAAACCUUAUUGUGUAGAGGCGACAGUGGAGCAAUAGAAAUCUGCACUAUACAUUUAAAGCAGUGCCACUUUAAAUAGUCAUGCUUCCCCCCCCCCCCAGGAAUCCUGGGAAAUGUAGUUUGUUAAGCGUGCUGAAAGUUGGAAGACACAAGAGCUACCCACACUGGAGGAAUGGCAGAUGAAACUGAUGGACUAUAUGGAACUGGCGGAAAUGACUGGUAGAAUCCGUGACCAGGGAGAAGAGUCGGUGGAAGAAGAUUGGAAGAAAUUCAAAGAUUACCUACAGAAACAUUGCAAAAUUAAAGAAUGUUAGAGUGAUGAUGGAUUGAAAUUAAGUGGUUUCCAGCUGCACAGGCUUUAAAAUUAUAUACAGAUUAAGAUUAAGGAUUAGGAAUAAAAAGGUUAAAAGAAUGGAAAAUUGGCUAUUAAUAGAUAAAAAUUUAAUGUUAUAUUAUAUUAAGAUUAAGGAUUGGGAUUAAAAAAGAGGGAAAGGAAUUGCUGGACAAACAAACUGAAUUGGAAUACAAAAGAGGGAGGUAUGAGGAGGUCUAGAAAAUAAGUAAAUUCAAAAGUAGUGAUGAAAAGAUGGAAUUGUUUUUAACUGUUUUUUCUUUUUUUCUUUUUGUAUUUUGUAUUGUGUAUUUUUUUUACUUUUAAAUUCUUUUUUAUUGAUGUGUCUCUUUUUAUUUGAAACUUUAAUAAAUAUCAUUAAAAAAAAAAAAAGAAAGUUGUUAGGCGACUCACUUAAUUCCUUCACAGAACUACAGUUCUCUGAGUGGUUUAACAGUCAAUCCCUCUUCCCAGCUAACUAUACAAAUUGUAGGAAUAGGGGGUCUCCUAUCAACCUUCAGUACCCAUAACAAACUAUCCCUCUGUGCUGCAGGUAUGCAUACAACCUUAAAGACCAUUGCUUAACAAUGGCAGUGUAGACUUGCAGUGGAACACUAACCUUCUCUGGCCAGAUGGUUGCUGCUUGCAGUUGUCAGUUUCGCAAUAAGUGUUUUCUUCCUCCUUUGUAACAAAACUAAAGUUUCUGUUCCCCUUUGCAUGCAGAAUCAGGAAACCCUGCAGCAUUGA